UAUUUUCUUGGCUAACAUUUGGGUCUUGAAUUUUAAUUAUACCAUCCCCAAUUCAAUAAACGCCUUGUUAUCAUCAGAUCGUAGUUUGGGCCAUCAACUUUUCGACGCUAAGCAAAUGGGACGAACAAAUUCAGAUCAGCAUAAGAGAUGAAAGGCUUGAAGGGAAGAUUUCUGAAGAAAAUCAAAUUGAUUCCUACUGUCAACACUUUGAAAAAAGGCUUUACCUGUACUAAUCCACAACAACACGAUUUUACCUAUCAAAAUCACCGUAGUCCGGUUUACAAAGACCAAGAGUGCAAAAUCAACAUUAAUCCACCAGAACCAGUUAUUGAUUCUGAAGAUCAAAAGGGUAAAAAAACUGGUUUGAACAUUGAUGUUGGCCACCAGGAUACUAAUAAGCCUACACCCAAGAUAGAAUAUCAAAAGUGUAAAGAAAGUGAUUUGAACACUGAUGUUGGCCACCAGGAUACUAAUAAGCCUACACCCAGCAUAGAAGAUCAAAAGGGUAAAGGAGCUGAUUUGGACUUUGUUGUUGGCCAUGGAGAUGCAAAUAGGCCUACACCAAAUAUAGAAGAUCAAAAGGGUAAAGAAACUGGUUCGAACACCAAUGUAGGCCACCAGGAUACUAAUAACCCUACACCCAACAUAGAAGAUCAUAAGGAUACUAAUAAGCCUAAUAUAGAAGAUCAAAAGGGUAAAGAAAAUGGUUUGAACAUUGAUGUUGGCAACCAGCGUACUAAUGAGCCUACACAUAACAUAGAGGUCAAAGAGACAGUGAUUAAAGAGGAUCAUUCUCCGCUUCCGGUCUCCUCUAACACCACUGUCAAAGAUGAAAACAUACCUGAAAUAGAGAAUAAUGAGACUGAAGCGAAUCCAUAUUUAAAAGAUUUUGAAGAGAAAUGUCCACCAGGUGGUGAAGAUUCAGUGGUUUUGUACACAACAAGCUUGAGAGGGAUAAGGAAAACAUUUAAAGAUUGCAGCAAUAUCAAAUAUCUUCUGAGCAGUUUCAAUAUUCUGGUCCAUGAAAGAGAUGUUUCAAUGGACAUGGAAUUCAGGGAUGAACUGUGGAGACUAUUUAGUGAAAGAGUAGUCCCUCCAAAGUUGUUCAUCAAAGGGAGAUACAUAGGAGGAGCUGAUGAAAUCAUUGGACUGCAUGAAGAAGGAAAACUUAAGGAACUCUUCAAAGGGAUACCUUCAAUACAUAUCCCUUGCAGGGAAUGUGCCAAUAUGCGAUUCCUGGUUUGCCCCAACUGCGAUGGCAGUCGCAAGGUUUUUACAAAAAACGAAGAUAAUGAUGAACUGUGCUUGCAAUGUCCAGAUUGCAAUGAGAAUGGAUUGGUCAAAUGCUCAGUUUGCAGCUGA